AAACAAACAACCCCUCCAGCUUUUACUCCUGUUCCCUCGUACGCAAGAUGAUACAAACGGCCUGCGAUGAUGUCGCAGCAUCCGAGCCUACGAACGCAACAAAAGGGGCCCCGGACCCGAAGGAGACCCAGCAUCAAGAGGAGACGGCGCUGAGUGACUGCAUUGAGUCAUUGAUCAUUCGAUGGGAGGCUUGUCUCCAAGAGCUGCAGCGUCUUCAACAAGCAUCUGAAAUAGCCAAACGCCCGGUGCGGGGGCUCAACAACCUGCUAAAGACACAGCAACGUGCCCUGGAUAAGGCUACCCAGAAGCAGCGCUCCCCGACAGCGCCACCCAUCUCCCAGGCCCAGUAUUCCGGCAUCAAGAGCUGCUGCUGGGACGACAGAUGGGGUGUGGUCAAGAAAUGCCGCGGUCUGAUCGCGAUCAACAAGGACUUCCCGCGAAGCCCCCGGUUGCCUGUCUCUCCAGAUGACGGGUGGUUGGACUACAAGGACCAGCCCUUUCAGGAGAGACCAGUCACCGUGGACGCCGUGGUUGACAGCGGCGCCACAUGGGUCAAGUUCGUUUCCAUUUCCUCUAAGACGCUCGAGUACCAGGUGGUGGCUGAAGGGUGGGCGAGCGAGUCGGAGGACGAGGACGGCAAUGGCGAAGGUGAUGCAGACGACGGACUCGCCCACACCGAAUUUGCCGACACGGUCAAGAAGAUCAUCCGGGCUGCCCGAUGGAACCACUGCCACCAGGUGCACCUGGUCCUGCCGGGGCUCCAAGAGGGAAAGUCAGAACUGGUCGACAGGAUGAUUCACUACGUCCAGAACAAGAUUGGGGGUGAGGAUGUAUCAGUGCGUGUCAGUUGUGCUGGUAGCGCAUUCCUCACCGACACACCCCCUCCUCUUGACGGCGUUGUGAGCGCACUCAUUGAAGACCGGGAUCCUCUCGUCAGCGACGACUGCGGCCGCUUGACGGAGACGGUCAACCUCGACCCCAGCGUUCUAGUGGCUCUCGUCACAGACCUCCACCACGGACCGGUCCCGCUACAGCCGGAGUCCCAGCAACACAUCAUCGCCAAGUCCAUCCUCGACCACGAAACAGAUAACAACGAGCUCGUCGCGCGGCAGGACAUCCUUGCGGCCGUGCUGUACCCCGCCCUGCGCGGCCGCCACCUCGUCUGCACCCGCUCUGCAGUAGCGUACUUCCGCAAGCUCAUCGACGCAAUCUCCACCCACUCCGAAGAGACGCGCGCAUCCUUCAUUCUCCCCCGUUCAGAACCGUCCGAGGAAUCAGCCUCCGCAGAAACCCGCCGCCGGAACCUCCAAACUUGGUCCACCACCCCCGUCCCCUCCGAUCUGCACCUCCCGAUACAAAUCGUCCCCGACGUCGAACUGCCCGACAUCCCCCCACUCAUCGCAUCGCACGCCCUCCCGCCCAUGGCGCUGGCCGUCGCCCAGGACCUCUCCCCGCUCAACCGCUCCGUCUACUGCCACGGCUGGGCGCGGCGCCUGACCACCGUCACCGGCCACCGGGGCAUCGAGCGGCAGGUGCGGCUGUCGCUGGCGCGGCACUGGGCGCGCGGCGACGACUCCAGCUUCGGCAACAGCGGCGCGGACGAGAUCCCGCCCGACAUCUGGCACCGCCACCUCGGCGGCUACCUGGUGCACCGCGACAAGCCCAAGGACUGGCGGACGAUGGUGCCCGCCGGCGAGGCGGUGCCGCGCGAAGUGGUGCGGUGGACUAACCCCUGGACGACGUGGGGUAGGGGUAUCAGCACGUACGGCCUGCCGGAUACUAGGACGUGGGAGGGGGUGGGGCAUGGGGAUAAGACGGCUUAUGGGAGGAGGGUUGGGGGGAGGGAACAGGUGCAGGAGGAUGAGGGGUACGAGGAGGGGCAGUCGUGA